GGCGGAUCUCCAUAUGGAAAACCAGAAAAAGUUCUUGGAGGCGAUGGCAGCCUACUGCGAUGGCUUGGGAAACUGGGUGUGCUCGAACUAUGAGUGGAACUUCGAGAGCGAGAGGUACUUCGGCACAAAAGGUCCAGAAAUUCAAAGUAAGAAAUGGAUGACGCUGAUGCCGAAGGACUGCCUGAAAGAUUCUGAAGAGAUCGGACCUGUACAUGUUGAUUACUCUCUGUUAUAGUAUCACGAUGAAGCUAUAUGUACUAUCACAUAACUAUGUAUAUCUCACAUGCUCUCUCCUUAAGUUUUCAGAUAGUCC